GAAAAAUGAAAUUUUCUGACUUUACAAGACAUUUUACUCAAAGAGUAUUUCUGGAUGCAUUUUCGUCUUUUGAAGGAACGAUUGAUUUGGUUUGGGAUGGAAAAAAGAUGAUGAGGCUGUUGAAUUUGAUUGUAACCCCCAAUUUAUUGUCACAAAAUUUAAAUGUCGGAAAGAAUUAUUCUUUAAAUAAUCCUGGAUAUUCCAACGCUGCAAAUCUUGUAUUCCUUCUUUAUGCAACUCAAACAUCUAUUGAAUUGGUCAAAAGUUGGUUAAGAAAAUUGGAUGAUAGGUGUCAAUGCUCUGUCCAUCUAUUUUUCAUUCCAGAAAAAACUUACACACUCACAGAACGCUUAAAAGACGAUAAAUCAGUUUGGGACAAAAUUUGUACAAUUAAAAGUCUUCCAGUCAAUUGGUUCCCUUCAGAACAAUCAUCAUUAAUUUCAAUGGAUUUACCCCAAUUACCUCCACAAUUAUUUAUUAAUGGAGAUUGGAAUUUUCUUUUUCAAUGUGCAAAAGCUUUGAAACAAUUGGUUGACCAAUUUAAUCGUUUGCCUAAUUUUUAUUCGAAAGGAAAAUGGUCGUUGAGAAUUUUGGAAAUUAUGAAGAAACAAAUUGAAAGUACACCAAAGAAAGCCUUGGAUUCCACCAAAAACGAAUUUCGAAAUAUUUCUGAUGUUGUUCUAAUUGAUAGAUGGAUUGAUCCACUUACUCCUAUGUUGAGACAAUCUACUUUUGGUGGAGUUUGUGAUGAGCUGUUUGGAAUUGAUUCGAGAGGAAUAAUAAAAAUCCCUGCAGAAGAAUCUUCUGAUGAUAAACCUGACAAAUCAAAGAAAGAGGAAUUUGAAGAAAUUCAAUUAAACGAUCAAGUUUACGAACAAUUACAAGAUUUGUCUGUUGGGGGAGUUGCUUUAAAAUUGAGAGAAAUUGUUGAUGAAUUGAAAGGGGAAGAAUUGCAAAGAAAAUCUCUCGAUUCUGUUGCUCAAUACAAAAAUUUCAUAGCAAAAUUGCCCAAUGUUGUUGUUAAGCGUAAAUCAACGGGAUUAUUUAUGCGCCUUGCAGGAGUUGUGCAGCAGCGAGAAUCUGAUGAUUUUUAUAGAGGAUUAUUGCGGUGUGAACAAGAAAUUAUGCGCAAUCCACAACAUGAUAAAACCCAUCCAUUUAUUGAAAAUUCACUUAUUGAAAUGAGAGAAAUUAAUUCAAUUUUGCGUCUAAUAAUUUUGCAGUCAUUAAUUUCAAAUGGGUUGAAAUCUUCUGUUCUUCAGACUUAUACAAAGCUGAUCGUUCAGAGUUAUGGAAUAUCAGAAUUAAAAUUAUUAUUAAAAUUGCAACUUGCUGGUUUAGUAAAAGAUGAAAAUUUUUGUGAAAAGAGAUGGGACGUUUCUUACACUCCUGGCAAUUUUAAUCAAUUAAUUAGAAAAUACAAAUUUGCGUUGGCUGAUUUGGAUGAUUUGGUAAAUUUUUGAUUUAAAUUUUAUUUGGAUACUCAUUACUGGAAUAUCCAAAGAUGAAAGUAAAAUUGCCGUAAAUUAUUCUCAAUACCCUCUCUGUCGCUGGACAACCUUCACUACUUUAAUAAAAAUUUCGAUAUAGAACCGUAUAUCCGAAGAUUUUCCAGAAAAGGUGACAAAAUUACCGUGUCAUAGAAUAGUAAAAAGUCUAGAAGUUAAAAGUUGUAAAACGUCCAUGAGUAAAAAAAUUGCAAAAUGUUUCCGAGCAACAGAACGUCCCCCCCCAGAUAUAAGUCGAAGAAGUACAGCCCAUUUAGGCGCGCG